GUAACAUAAAGGUUUCACAAAUAAGUCAACUUUACAUAAAAAUAAUCAAUUGUGACAUUUUUUUAAUUUGAUGUUAAUAAGACAAAAAUUGCUAACAUUGUUCUAUUGAAUAUUACCAAUACAUUAUGUAAAAUUCAAUUUUCAUUUACAAAAGUUCCCUAAAUCAAUCAGCUUUACGAGUAAUCAAAUGUGACACUUUUUAUAACUUGAAAUUAUCAUUAGACCAAAUUGCAAAGAAUCCAUGUAACACUAUUCUAUCGUAAAUUACCAAUACAUUAUGUAUCUCAUCAAUCUGUAAUACACAAAUGGUUUGAAAGGUAAGUUACUUUUACCUAACAGAGCAAGAUGCCCGUCAUUAAGGUCGUCUCAUGAUAUUCGGAGGCCUUAUUCGACCAUUUAAAAUAUGGCCCCAAAAAUGACAUUUUCAGGCGAUUUUCCCGAAAUGACAUUUUCUCUAGAUUUUGGAGGCUACGGAUCACAGAUUGGGCUAGAGGCUAUUCUCCACCAAUGGUGAAGUCUAUGGAUCCUGUUCUCCACAGACGAUUAAGUCCAUUAAGCAACAAUUUGGGGAAAUUACUUUUAGGUUGUCAUUUUUGGUUUUUUUUUUUUGCGAUUUUUUUUCGAAGGGCCAUUUUACUUGGAUUUUGAAAACUACAGAUCACAGAUUCGGACUGAGACUAUUCUUCAAGGAUGAUUAAGUUCAUUAAACACCAAUUUGGGCGAAUUCAUUCCGCGUCAAGUUUUGUCAGAUUUCAAAGGGGUACCAUCACAGAAUUCGGUCAAUUUUCCCGAAAUGACAUUUUCUUUCGAUGUUGAAGACUACGGAUCACGGAUCGGACCGGAGGCUAUUCUCCACGGAUGGUGAAUUCUAUGGAUCCUGUUCCUCACUGACGAUUAAGUCAAUCAAGCAACAAUUUGGGCGAAUUACUUUUAGGAUGGCAUUUUCGUAAAUUAUUGGGAGCUUUUUUUCCCGAAGGGCCAUUUCUUGGGUUUUAAAUGCUACAGAUUAUAGAUUUGGCCUGAGACUAGUGUAACUUAAGAAGUGAUUGACGUGACAAGAUAAGAAAAAUUGUGUUAGUGAUAAAACUCACAAAAACCACAUCUAUACACCUUGUGACAAACAAUCUAAUUUAAACAUUAAUCCUCUACCACACUGCAUUAUCGAAUUGUACAAAAUCAAGACAAUUAGACAAUGGUAUACAUAUACUUCAAUUAGGUUCAAUUUGAUACAGCAACCCAACUAUAAAAAAAAAAAAAAAUCAAGAGAACUUUGAAUAUCAUCUAAAGAAAUUUUUCUUGAAUAUCAUCUCAACUUACGUAGAUUAUUGAUAAAAGUUGAAAUUUAAAAUGUAUGGAAAUUUUAUAUUAAAUUAAGGGCUAGUGAAAUUUGAUCCAAAAAACAAUUGCCAAACCUCUUAUUUCAAUUUAAUACUCAUAAUAAUAAUAAUAAUAAUAAUAAUAAUUUAAUGAUGGCAUAAGUUUCAAAGUGGAAAAGAAAAAUAAAAUAGUUAUUUGUUGAACAAAUUAAAAGCUAGAUUAGAGCAUAAUCGUAUUGGAGCUAGCUUGUCGGGGUUGGUGUAGUUCGUUGGUUCGGCCGCUGCGCUUUUAAUUUCAGAUUUCGUUUUCUUGGUGUUCAGAAGAGUUGGGGGUUUUAGAGUUUGAUUUGAAUGUGAGGGGUUGCUGUUGAAGUUCUUGGGGAGGAUAUCCGUGAUGAAGACGGUGGAGUUCCAGACAAUGGAGUUGGAUCCAUUGUCGAUGGGUGAAUCGUGAGUUGUUUUCCGAGCAAGAGGAAGUUGGAGUCGAGUUGGAAGACGAAACGCAAACAGAUAGGGGCAGGGGUGGACCUAUGGGUAUUUAGGGACGCCCCUAAAUUUUGGAAGAUCGAUUAUUCAAUUCGGUGGUAAUUUACGUAUAGACAAAAAAAAAAUUAUAAUUAAUAGUCCGGGAUACUCUGAAAUUUGAAAGAACGAUUAUCCUACUCUCGUUUGUAGUUUGCGUAUGAGAAUAUAAGUGAUAGUUUGGGUAAUUCAAACAUGGGACACUACUAUUACUAAUAAAUAUAAUUUACAUUAGACUACAACUUUUUUGUUGUUCUAUUCUUAACACCGUGUAAUAGCAAAACCCUAUUCUCUAUCUUUAAUUAUUUUCAAAACCUAAUAUUAAUCUAAUUACAAGCUACCCUUAAUUUGUAUUGAUUUUAUGGUUGUACGGCAAGUGUUAAAUUGUCUUUUUAGCUUUGAGUUACAUAAAAAACAAUUUUAGAAGUCAUAUAUGCGUCAAUUCGUGAAUGAUUGUCUAGUAGCAUAUACCGAGACAAAUUUCUUGAGCAGUGUAGACACCAAGUGUAUUUUAUAAUUUUUUAGAAUAUGAAAAUACAUCAUUGACUUUUUUAACUUGUACGAGUUGGAUAUUUUCUUAUUUAAGAAUUAUAGAAUUUUUAUUAAUUAUUAAUGAUUUUACUUUUAUUUUACUUUAUUUUUUGAAAGAGGACACCCCUAUGUAAAAUUUCUGGGUCCGCCACUGGAUAGGGGGAGAGAGAGAGUAGAGGGGAAAAGAAAGGGGGUUGAUUAACAGGUCGAUUUAUGGGUUGGGUUGUGUAUGACGUCACAAUUUUUAAUGACAUGGCGGAUUGAAUUUUAAAAUUUUUGGGUUAAAAUUGGUUGAUUAGAUAUUUCUGUUAAACAUGUCAGCAAAAAAUAAUACCGUUAACGGAUACUAACAAAAAGUAACGGAAAUUGACCAAACAUAACACGUUACUAAGUCUAAUAACCAAAAAUAGAAUUAAAUAUUUUUAGUGAUAAAAUAUGAAUGUUUUAUUAAUCUCAGUGACCAAACUUACAAUUUACCCUCAAAAAGUUGAUUUGACGGCUGCGCCGCGCAUCGAGACCUCUGUUCCGGAGUCAGAGACACCGAAGAGUAUAUUUCUCUCUCUCUCUCUCUGCACAAAAGAUAUCAAUAUCAUAUUUUACUACUGCGCUCUCAAAAACCUUCCCAUUCCGUCUCUAUCUCAAGAAUCCGCCGACGUCUCUACCUCCUUCCUUCCGCCAUUUUUGCUUGUCUCCCUCCCUUAGCUACUACUUGUUUAACCACUGCUACAAUUCCGUUAGCCGUUCAGUUGAUUGCUCAACUAUCUGGUAAACUCUCCCCUUGUUCUUCUCGCGAUUCCUAUUUCCUCCUUUCUCCUCAGUUAUCUUGCGUCAUUUUCAGUCGAUAUUCUUUCCAUGAUGGCAUUGCUGAAUGAUCCGUUUCGUAUAUCGGCACCGGUUCUUGAUUUUCCAAUCCUAUUUUUUACCCCGACGAGUUUAGUAGUUUUCUUUAUCAUUUGUCGCCGUCAGUGGGCGUGAGUUUCUUUUCCUCCUGGCUGUCUUUGAUUUUGAUACACUGGUGGUAGAUUCGCCUUGAAAUGCUACCUCAUUGUUUCUGUGUUUUGUUCUUGUUCUGGUUAUGUGAUGAACUAUUUUCUGGAAGAACGAUAUUGCGUUUGGUUUGGCUGAAGCAGUUUUUCGAAUUUCUUUUUCAAUUCCCGUUUGUUAGCAGUUCGCUGUAGAUUUUGUUUUGUUCAUCAAAUGUUUGCGGCCUGGACCUUCCCCGGUUUUUCUUUGUGUUGUUGUUGUUGUUAUUGUUUUUGCUACUGAACUUGGCAGCUGGUGGUGAAAGGAAGCCAUGGGGUUUGACAAAGGGCAGAGUAAGGUUUCCGGAAGGCUUCCCCUAGUUGGUGCGAUCUUUAUGUGUAAUCGUGCUACAAUGAGAGAAUGUUUUCGACGCAAACUCUUUGGCCUUCCAUCAGGGAAAGCCGAUUUCGUAGGGCAUGUCAAGGCUGGCAUGAUUUUGUUUCUUUUUGAGUAUGAGAGGAGAGAGCUCCAUGGUGUGUUUCGGGCGAUAUCUGAUGGGUCCAUUGAUAUUGUACCACAUGCGUAUAGUGAUUCCGGGAUGCAGUUCCGUGCACAGGUAAGGUUCACUACUAUUUUGAGGUGCAGUCCACUUUCAGAGGAUGAAUUUUCUGGAGCAAUCAGAGAAAAUUACUUCUCCCCAAAUAAGUUCAACUUUGGAUUGAGUGAAAGACAGGUCGAAAAACUUCUUCAACUGUUCAGCUCAAGUAAGUUACAGCGGCAACUCCAUCAUAGAAAAUCUCCACAAAACAAAGUUAGAAGAUCUUCAACUCCAAAUUAUGUGAGUUCACCCCCUGAAGGAGAAAUUGAUGGUGGUUACAGCAACCUUGGCGGAGAAAGAUACGAGCAAAAUGUUGUUCCUGGUUCUAGGUCAGUCCGCUCCCCCGAAUAUUCAGAAAACACAACCAAUUUUAUUAGAAGAGCAAUGGAUGAGUAUGCAAGCAUUACUAUAGGAAAUGAUCGUAGAUUGAACGGUGGUUCUUAUGUGCCGGUUACCCCUAUAGAAGACGUAGGGGACUUGAUUGUCAGCAAUAAUGUAGCAGUAGAAAGACCAGUUCAUCAGGAAAACUGGCAGUCAACUGUAGGGGAUUUCAGAAAUGAAAUUAAUGCAAAUUUUGUCCAUAGCCUGGAUGGUGGAAGCCGGUUUUCUGAACCCAUUUUAGCUACAGAUAGAAGAAGAGGUUCCAGAACUGCUGAUUAUGACCCACCCGUCUCGAGUGAGCAGCGACCUGAUAGAAGAUUAGCUUCCAGAGAUCCUGGUUAUGACUCGCCUAUCUCAAUUAGGCAGCAACCUGGUGUGUCUCAGUAUCCUAAUCCACCUGUGUAUGACCUCCAACAUAUUUCUACGGGUAGAAGAACAGGUUCCAUGGCUCCUGGUUAUGACCCACAUGUCUCAAGCGAGCAGCAACCUGGUGUGUCUAAGUAUCCUAAUCCACCUGUGUAUGACCUCGAACAUAUUUCUACGGGUAGAAGAAUAGGUUCCAUGGAUCCUGGUUAUGACCCACCUGUGUCAAGCGAGCAGCAACCUAGUGUGUCUCAGUAUCCUAGUCCACCUGUGUAUGGCAGGAAUUCCAUUCUUGAAACAAAUUCAUUGGUUGGUAAUGAUCUCCAACGUACUUCUAUCGUGCAUCGCUCACCAGCGGAACAAAGUUACUCACCCUUACAGCCCUAUCCAGCUUUAUCAGUUCUGGAGACAUUGCCAAGACCGUCAUUGAUCUUUAAUGGUCGUCAACCAGCAACAUCUGGUAGACCAGGAACUGGUAAUAUUCAUACACAACCUUACAACCCAGAGGCUCCCAGGUAUAAUGACACUGACCAUUUAUCACCGCUAAUACGAGUCUCUAGUUCAUUUCCUGAUGAAUCCCUUGCCACACUCAAUGGUGCCGCCUAUCGUGCAGCUAGGCAUCUCAGAAAUGACAGCAGUUUGCCCCCGCGGUAUGAUCAUUCUAAUUUGUCUGGUGACAAUGAUGAAGCAUCAUACGCGUCUAACAUGCUUUCCCAUUCUAGUUUGUCAAAUGAGUUCUUCUUUCCAAGGCCAUCCCUUCCUCCGCAACCUCUGCCAUCUGAAAAUCAAAGUGGUUGUACUGCAUUUGAGGAGCAUUCCUUAUUGCCUCCUCCUGUCAUCAAUACUCCUUCAGUUUCAGGCCGCAGGCACGUGGUGACUACUUCACGGGAAGGCAAUAUUUCACAAUCUGGAAGUGCUCAUGAGGAAGUUCCCUGCAGUCGCAAUAACAUUCCUAAUUCGAAGAGAACUCAUGACAGUAGAAGAUCAGAUUAUGGUGCUUAUUCUCCAGCUAAUCUGUAUGGUGGUCAGGAUGCUGAUAGGAUGUAUUCAGAUCAACAAAAUCGUAACAAGCGUUCUGUGUUUGACCGCAUGGUUUUCCCUACUACACAAGAAAGGGACCGAGAUAGUACUACCAACUUUGUUGGAGAGGAUGAUGACGAUAAAGAUGACUUUUCGGUAAGUAAAAUCAUGGCUUCGUUGAAGCAGAGUAGAUAUCGAUGGUUGAACGAUAACAAACCAGCCAAGUUUCUGAAUGGGCGACGCGAUGAUGGUGCUCAUUAUCAAGUAGGAAAUAAUAAAAGGCAAAUAUUCCCUCCAGAAACCAAGCACGAUGACCACUUGGAAAUAAGCGUAGUGCCAGUGGAGGAUGAUGAUGAUGCUCUCAUGAAGAAUGGAGAAAGUUCUCCUUUUGUUGAUUUCAAACGCCGUAGUAGUAAACUGUGUAAAGCUCAUCAGGUUGAAGCUGCAAAAACUACUGGCAAUGAUAAUGUCGUGAGUACUGAAAACCAGCCGCCCAAGAGGAGGAAGUUGAUAAGGCCUAAAUUUGGUGAAGAGACAUAGCAGCAUUGAUUAUGUCAUGGUGCUAAAGCUUGGAUGAAGAGCAGCACUAUCCAUCAUCUAAAAAUUGAUGAUCUGUUGUGUCUGUUAUCGCGCCCAGGGGCUGUAUGUCAAGAUAACUGCUUUCAGCAGUGGAGUUCCCAGUUUAUGCUUUCAUGAUCUUUUUUUUUUUUUUUUUUGGUCAAUCUCCCACUUCCUUCAAGAAUGUGAAGUGAGGCUAGAUUGUAAGACACUGCCUUCUUGGUGUGGUUUUUUUAUUCACUGCUGAACUUCCAUCACCUACAUCCAUUUAAGCUUCAUGGUGGGACAAGUCAGGAACUUUGGAAGGCUGGCAUUGCUUUUGUGGACCAAUGACUUGUUCACCAUUUCCUUCUCCAACCAUUUCCUUUUUGUGUAGAAAAUGCACAAACUUGCAGAUUUUCUUUUCUGAUCAAUCUUUGUUGGUUAGGUCAGUAGAGAUUCUAUGCAGUAGUAAGUAUGAUGUUUGCUGUAGGGACUUGUUACCGUUUCGACGCAUGAAUACUACCAAUAUGGUGAAGUAAUGCAAAGUAUGUUGGUGACAGAAUAAUCCUUGCUCUCCUUUUCACUGCCAAAAAUUUCUUACUUUUGAAUUACUGUCUCUAACAAUGAGAGAUUUGGCUUUUGGAAGCAAGGAUACUAUAGGUAGUAAUGUUGUACAGGUAUACGUACGCAUUGUCUGUGAGUUGCCUCAAGACAACCAUGAACCGACGGUUCUGAAUAAUGACCUCCAGUAAAAAGGUACAUUAUUUUCUAUUGUCCCAUGUCUAUUAUGUUUGCUUGAUAAAUCAUGAGCUCCAUU